AUGGGUGACACAGCUCUUAGCCUGAAGUGCCUUGGAGGCUCUCAAAACCAUUUCUGUUCUGAUGUUUCCAAUUGCACUGAUGAUGGCUGCCUGUUAGUCCUUGGAUUAGGUCCAACAUCAGCUUCAUACUAUUUUAGCAACAAAGUUUCUGGUUCUGGAUUCACUCAAGAACUCUCCUCCGGAGGCAAUUCAGUUCUCCAACUCGGUCUUCCUGAUGUAAGCAUAGACACUUUCAGCGGACCAUGUGUGUUUCCUGUUGUUGAUGAGGGUUCUACUUCUGCAAAGAGAUCAGGUGGUUUCAUGCCAUCACUUCUGAUAGAUCAGGGAACUUCACAAGCGAGCCUAGAUUCAUCAUCACCUUACACAUCGUUCACUGUACAACAGAGGACUUACAACACGAAGAAGUGCAAGUUUAUGGGAUGUGCCAAGGGAGCUCGAGGAGCAACAGGGCUGUGCAUCAGCCAUGGAGGAGGACAGAGAUGCCAAAAGCCAGGAUGCAACAAAGGUGCAGAGAGUAGAACCACUUUCUGCAAAACACACGGUGGAGGGAAGAGAUGUGAGCACUUGGGAUGCACGAAGAGCGCUGAAGGGAAAACAGAUUUCUGCAUAUCUCACGGUGGUGGGAGACGCUGCGAGUUUCUUGAAGGGUGUGACAAAGCAGCUAGAGGGAAAUCAGGACUCUGCAUCAAACACGGUGGUGGCAAAAGAUGUAACAUAGAAAGCUGUACACGAAGCGCUGAAGGACAAGCUGGUCUUUGUAUAUCACACGGUGGUGGGAAGCGUUGUCAGUUUCUUUCAGGUUGUGAUAAAGGAGCUCAAGGAAGUACUAGCUUCUGUAAAGCUCAUGGAGGUGGGAAACGAUGUAUAUUCUCAGGGUGUAGCAAAGGAGCAGAAGGGAGUACUCCUCUGUGUAAAGCGCACGGUGGAGGGAAACGUUGUUUAUCCGAUGGAGGAGGGAUUUGCUCGAAGAGUGUGCACGGUGGGACUAACUUCUGUGUUGCUCACGGUGGUGGGAAGAGAUGUGUUGUGGAAGGGUGUACGAAGAGUGCUCGUGGUCGUACUGAUUGUUGUGUUAAGCACGGUGGUGGGAAACGGUGUGUGGUUGUUGAGUGUGAGAAGAGUGCUCAAGGGAGUACUGAUUUCUGCAAAGCUCACGGUGGUGGGAAACGUUGCUCUUGGGGAGAUGGGAAGUGUGAGAAGUUCGCUAGAGGGAAGAGCGGUUUUUGCGCUAAGCAUAACAGUUUUGUGUGUAGGGAGAAAGGAGAGGAUGGAAGCAAGAACGGUUUGAUUGGACCGGGGCUGUUUAGUGGUCUUGUUGUUGGCUCUGGUUCUGAUCAUUCUCAGUCUGGAGUUAGUGCUGUCUCUGAUUGUACUGAUUCUGUUGAUCGAAGAAUACAGUUUGAGAAAAGGCAGAAGAUGAUGAUACCGAUGCAGGUUCUUGUGCCUUCAUCAAUGAAAUCUCCAAGUAGUUCACGUGAAGGAGAAACAAAUAUGUUUGACUUUAUGAUUCCGGAGGAGAGAGUUCACGGCGGGGGGCUAAUAAUGUCUUUGCUUGGUGUUGGUAGCAGCCAGAGACAACCCUCCAUUGAUAGAAACUGA